UGGUCAACUGUAGCGCCUUAGUUUUAAGGUAAAAUAGGUAGUCCGUGACGUUGAGUAGGUCUACGACGAUCCGGUUUACAGUCCAAAUACAACAUAUUUUAAUCGACUGUACUUAUAUAAAAUAAUAAGGAUUUAAGAAAUUUUAGGAGAACCAUGUCACCCGCUAGCUCUAUGUUGUCUCCACCACUGUCUGAAACUAAUAGUUCGUUAGAACCCUAACGAAUAACUUAUCCGAUACAUUAUUCCGUUAGGGUUUCUAACAAUGUUUCAAGGGGAUGAAUGUAAUUACCGAUAGUACAGGGACCUUAAACUUAUUUUAGCAUACCUCAGGGGUGUAGGCGUAAUUUACCCAAAAAUAAAUAAAUAAAAAGUCAUCAAUCAAUCAAUAUAUUAAAUCAACAAAUAAUAUUCAAAACUUGAAUAACAACCACAACACUAGUAGUAAUGGUGGGACUAAAAAGUCAACCUGAUCUCAUCAUUAUUUGUCCACCAUAUUUGGCAUCUAUUCUAAAUCCCACCACACAGACUUCAUCUCUGCUCUAACUCAGUUAUGCAGAAGCUACACAAUCAAUUUCAAUAAUCAAAAAAAAAAAAAACAAAAAAAAGAUGGGCCUAAUCGGGUGCACGGUGAACGGAACACUCGACGAAUCGAAAUUCAGCGAGCCAAUGCCAUGGAUCGGAAUCUACGUCGUACUAGCAUCGGCAUCUUGUGCAGUAGCAAUGUCAAUCGACGCACUUCACGCAAUCCGUUACCGUAAAUUCUGGUUCCCGACGAGAUUCUUCGCACUCAACGCCACAACCCUAACCCUAAUCGGAGUAUCGGUCAAACUCUCGGUCGACCUCAACACCUCCAUGCCACGUCAGCACGACCAGCUGGCGAAGCUGAGCAGCGCCGCCUUCAUCUGCACGGCAAUAGGUAACUCCAUGCCCUCUCUAGGAUCCAUGCAGACCAAAGAACUCAUGAUGAAUAUCGUGGCAUUGGGUAUUCUCGUAAUUACAGUCAUAGCGAACGUUUGCAUCCAAUUGGGCACCGGGGUUAUUUACGUCUUUUUGAUUGAACAUAUAGUAAUCAUGUUUCUCAUGGUUGUUCUGUUCGCCCUCUCGAUUUCUUCCUCCUUGUCCGUUCCUGUGACAAAGUACUACUUCGAUUUAAAGUACGCUAAAAAGUACGAAAUAGCAACGAAAGAAUGUAGUGGCGAUAACGAAAAUAAUCGCGAUAUUUCGAUAACUCGAAAACUGAGAAACGAUUUGAUGAGAUAUUGGAUGAUGGCACAUACAUGCAACCCUCAAUUCGUGAUGGGCCGUUUGGCGACUUGCACUGCAUCAGGUGCGUUUUGUCUUCUUAGUGCGUUGACUUUUGCCGAAGCUAUGCUUCGGAGUUACCUUAUGCCCUCGUCCUUCAAAUUCUGCGAAGGUCAAUCGGAUUACAAAAGGUCAACCAUGUUGAUACUCGUAACUCAGGCUAUGGCGAUAGGAGUAGGUACAAUUGCACCCGCAUGUAGAUGGUUCGUUGCUAUUAAAUUUCGGUGCCCGAAUAGUAAUAAAAACAAGAAAUGCCAAAAAAACGAGUUUUCGUCGGUCGAGAAUUAUUGGGUUCAGACGCUGUAUCAAUUGAAAGAAUGUCCGUUGGAACUAAGGAUUUGUGGGCAUUACGGUAGAAAAUUCGUGCACACGACAAAGAACAGGGUGUUGGAUUUAUGCAUUGUGUGUCAGAAGACAAUGGUGGUUUCGAGCAAGUUGGUGAGGCUGGUUUCGAUAUUCUUUAUGAGCCGAUUACUAAAUGUGCACAAAUUGUUUAUAUUCAAGCGCUCGAAUCUUAUUCUGCACUGCGACAGUACAGAAUCGGAAAAGUCGAAGAAGUUGGAUUUGAGCCGUUACGUAAUGCACCUCGAAGGAGAGGAGGAGCUAGUCGAUGUGAUGAUGGAAUCCGAUAGGGAUGCCACGAGCCAUUGGAUCAAAAUGGGUCGGAAAAAUCAACCGAAAAAACUCGUAAAAUUAUUGGAGAAAGUGAACCCUUCGAACGGAUUCGACGGGGUGAAUAAAUUCGACAGUGAUGAAGUCCCGUCUCUUGAUAUUGAAGAGCCACCCAAUAGCUGGGCUUUACCCGUGGUCACAUUAACAAGCAUCGCAGUUGCGAUUAGUGAAAAAACGGAGUUUGAUUCGACGAAAGAGCUGAUAAAGUGUGUGUACGAAGGGUUAAAGUAUAUAAGAGUAGUUGAAAAUAAUCUUGAUAUAAAAAAGGACGUGUCGAAUAUCAGAAAAGCGGCGGAAAUCGUAUGGGUGGGAGUCGACCUUCAUCACAAAUGGCUCGAUGUAAAUCUUCGUGAGAUGUCAUCGAGGAAAAGCUCGAAAGAUAUAAUAUCGGAGCUUUCGGACAUAGCGAAGAACAAAUUUAAGGAGUUGAGAAAGAACGACGUACUAGGUUGUUUGACGGACAGUCCUUCGAAAUGGCCGGUCAAAGUUCUUGCUGCAAAUGCAAUGUACAGAGUAUGUCAGACGCUUUUGCUGGGAAACGAAAACAGAUCGAACGAGCGCAAUAAUAAUAAUAAUAAUAAAGAAAUGUUGGAAAGAAUUACCUUGAUGAUUGCUGACAUCAUCGGGGCUUGCCUUACGAAUUUACAGCACGCGAUAUCGAUAAAAUGCCAUCAGAGCAGAAAUGAAGAGAGAGAGGAGAGUGUGAACGGUGCUAUUCUUUUGCUCGGGAAAACCGAGAAGAUUUUGGAAAUUCUUAGCUGUCAAUCACAUCCGAGUUCGAGUCUGGAGAAAACGGCCUGCAUUAAUGAAUGGCGUGCGUUGAACAGCAGAGAGAAAGAUCGGGGUUCUUGCGAGUCUUGUACUGUAAAUAGUAGUUUGUCUGAUUUGUAUCUGAACAUUGACUGAAAUGAGUACAAGAUUAGGUCUUUUACGUAAUCGUAUUGACCCGUUUUUUUGGGUCGAAUUAAUAUAUUGUUUAGCACUUUUAAU